GCAUUUCCUGGCGUCGGGAGACUGUUUGGUCAAGAGUUUCCUCCCUCUUUGCGUGCCCGUUGGACAGUCCUAACAUCUUCCAGCUGCUGCCAGCUCAAGAGGCUGCUCACAAGUUCAGCCCCCGGGCAGACUCCCCGUCUCACCGCCAGGGAAAGCAUCGAAGGAUCCAAGGAGGCCAGCGCUGAGAUCUGCCAGCUGGGGCUCCAGGGGCCGCCCUCUGCCAGCUCAAAGUCACCUUUGCUCCAACUCCUCAGCUGGCCGGCUAGAGCCAGCCCAGAACCCUCUCUGGCUCAGCUCAGCAGGAACCAGGAACGGGCCCCUAUUGGGCAAUCAUUAAUCGGAUUUUUGACAUUCUUGAGCCCCAGGUCGGCUUGGGAAACAUGCUUCCCACAGGAGGAGGAGCAGAAGCCCAAGGCUGGCAUUUGGACAUGCAGCUGACAGGCAAGCUAGCGCUAUCCGCUGCCGCCCUGCUCCUGCUGACCGCAGCCUACAGGCUGUACAAGUCAAGGCCUGCCCAGGCCCCGCUGUGGGGCACAAACCCCAAGGCCAAGGCUGAGGAGGAGGCAGAGGGUUCCGGGCAGCCUGCCGUCCAGGGGGCCGCUCCUGGGGCACCAUACCGCGAGCUGAGACGACGGAAGGGAAGCAAGGGCUGCAGCUGGGAGAAUCCAGGGGGCUCCGGAGUCCUGGCAACAGGAACCUCUUCCCGCGACUUGGAAGCUACAGAGACUCAGAAGCCCGAGAGGAAAGGUGCUGGUGAGGAGUGGGGUGAGCAGUGCCCGGACUCUGGCCAGGCACCUCCUUGCUGCAGUGGCCAGGCAGCCAGAACAACUGAUGGCGGUAAGCCAGAGCGGCCCCACCGCCCCCAUCUGGGCAGUGAACCCAAAAGUUCCCCAGCUGCGCUCGCUGUGGUAGACGGCAGCAGUGUGGAUAGUAAGCCUGUUCCAUGGCGGGAUGGCAGACUCUCGGAGCAGCCAGGAGCCGGGGAGGAGUCACCCCACCAGCCCUGGAUAGCUCACACAGAAGGCAAAAGUGACAGCUGGGUCUUCACCCGCAUGACGGGGGUCCACAGGGAAGAGGCUGGGGCCCUCCAGGCUGCCUCAGACAUGGGCCUGGCCCUGUAUCAGCAGGAGGGGGCCACCAACGCCUCCUACACCUUCUCAUCGAUGGCCCGGAUUCGAGUGGAGGAGAAUUUCAUACAACAGAAGGUAGAGGGGAUCAGGCCCAGGCUACAGGGCAAGUUGUAUGAGUACUAUGUCGAAUCCACCUCUCAGGCCACCUCUGGGGGCAGGCUGGCCCCCAGGAUAGCAGCUCUGGCUGAGGCUCCACCUCCUGUGCCAACCCCCCUGGGAACAGGGGCAGCCUCCGGAGGCAAUGCCGAUGACAGAGCAGGUGGAGCUGAUACAGCCGCCUCCUCCCAGCCUACGCUGCCGCCCCCCGCACCAGGCUUCAGCAGGAAGGAGAGCCUCCUUCAGAUCGUGGAGAACCCCGAGCUCCAACUGCAGCUCCAUGGCUUUGGGGGACCCGCUGCAUCCUGCCUAGACCAGGAUGCCCCACAUGACUGCCCCAUAUCCGAGGAUUCUCCCGAGUCCAGCUCAGCUGGAAGCAGUGGGGAGCCCAGCCUGCAGCUCGUGGCUGGGACCAAUUUCUUCCACCUCCCUCUCACCCCAGGUUCAGUCCCAGAUGUCCACCUGGAUCUGGGCAAUUGCUACGAGGUAUUAACCUUGGCCAAGAGGCAGAACCUGGAAGCCCUGAAAGAGGCCGCCUACAAGGUGAUGAGUGACAACUACCUCCAGGCCCUGCGUAGCCCAGACAUCUACGGGUGCCUGAGCGGAGCAGAGCGGGAGCUGAUCCUCCAGCGACGGCUCCGGGGCCAGAAGCACCUGGUGGUGGCCGACGUGUGCCCCCAGGAGGACUCCGGCCACCUUUGUUGCUAUGACGCUGAGCAGGAUACCUGGCACCUGCUGGCCCAUCUGCCCCCCGAGGCUGUGUCCAGGGGCUGUGCCAUCUGUAGUCUCUUCAAUUAUCUCUUUGUGGUGUCUGGUUGUCAGGGGCCGGAGUGCAGGCCCUCCAACCGAGUCUUCUGCUACAAUCCGCUGACGGCGAUCUGGAGCGAGGUGUGCCCGCUGAACCAAGCCCGGCCACACUGCCGGCUGGUGGCCCUGGACGGGUACCUGUACGCCAUUGGGGGCGAGUGUCUGAACACGGUCGAGCGCUACGACCCUCGCCUGGACCGCUGGACCUUCGCCCCACCACUCCCCAAUGAUACCUUCGCCCUGGCACACACAGCCACAGCAUGUGCCGGGGACAUCUUCGUCACGGGAGGCACGCUACGCUACCUGCUGCUCCGCUUCUCGGCCCAGGAGCAGCGCUGGCAGGUGGGCCCCACGGUGGGUGGCAAGGACCGCACAGCCGAGAUGGUGGCGGUCGGUGGCUUUCUCUACCGCUUUGACCUCAACCGCAGCCUGGGCAUAGACGUGCACCGCUGCAGUGCCAGUGCCCGCCUCUGGUACCAGUGUGCCACGUACCGGACGCCCCACCCAGACACCUUCCAGUGCGCCGUGGUGGACAACCUCAUCUAUUGUGUGGGGCGCCGGCACAUGCUCGGCUUCCUGGCCGACCACAUCUCACCCAGGUUUGUGCCCACGGAGCUGCGGAGCUUUCCCGCCCCGCAGGGCACCCUCCUGCCCACCGUCCUCACCCUGCCGGGCCCCGAUGUGCCCCAGACCAGUGUCUAGUCGCCCUUCUGCUGGGCUCCUCCUACAAAACUGGAGGCAGAGCGCUGUCCACUGCUCCAGGGGUUGCUUCUGGGAGGUCAGGUGGCUGGGACUUUGGCCAGGAGGAGGCUAAUGCUAGUCCUACCUCCUCCGCUGGCUGGGGCUCUGACACGAGUCUCUGCUGUCCGUGGGCUGGAGGCCAGUGUGAAUACACAACUUGGGACUGCUGUCCCGAGGCUGCCAGGAGCCACGUCUGCAGGGAUGGCCACCAGCUUGCCUCAGAUCUGAAUUGGGGGGUGGUGCCAGGACCCCAGCAAAGUUCAGGGUGGCAGCCUCAUCAAAACUGUGAUUCGUGUGUCAGUUGUCCCCUCAAGCUGACCCUGCUAGAGAUGGGCGAGCUCUCUAUAAGCUACCAAAGCCCCUUCCUAAACAUUGGCCCCUGAGCCCCAACUACCAAUGUUCCCAGAAGCACCUGGAGCACAGAGGUGGGAAAAAUAAAAGGGGGUGGUUCUGGCACGACUGGAAGGAGCCCCGGGGGAGCUCCAGGGGCCCCAGCCAGAGGGAAAGAUGGUUGGAGAAGCAGAAGCACUAAACGCUGGAGGACUUUUCCCUGUGGAGUAAAUGAACCCCUUUACUUUUUCUCAUUACCUGGAAUUCUAGUCUGAGAAACCUCCAUUUUUAGCAGGCAUUUGACAAGGUAUGUCUUCUUGUAGGGGUCUACUAAGAACACAGUUGAUUCUGUAUAUGAGGUCUCAGGAGAGGCAGGAGAAGAUGCCAUCCAAGGGCCACCCGCCGCCUGGGCCCCUGCUUGGGCUCACUGUUAAUUACCCAUGACUCUCUCCCCAGAUCCGAGAAGCCUUCACAAUACAGCUGUGCAAGCCUCCCAGCCUCACAUCUGGGACUUAGGGGCAGCCACUGCCCGUCAAUCCUUCGGGGACGAUGAGAGGUGAGGGCAUAAUUUGCCCUCCAGGCUCAAUGCUGUCACCUGGUCAGCCUCGUCAGACGGGAGAGGACCAGGGAGGGGUGGGCCCGUAAGGGAGCUAAGGAAUUAAAAGGUUCUAGAGCUGCAUCAGGAGACUGGGAUCGCCUUUCCUUUCAGGUUUGGUUGGUAACUUCUCAAAGGCAGGAGACCCUUCAACCUCAAGAAGUUACUCAUUCUCCUGGAGAGAAGGGGGAAAGACUGGUCCAAUCUGUAAGCACGGCCCUGCUCCAUGUGCGAGGGAGGUGCACAUACAGACAGGAGAGCAGCCAUGCUCUGGGUCCCAGCCAGAAGCCAGGGGAGCUGGGACUCCAUCUAUGUGACAAACAGCAUGGAGGAAAGAAGUGGAGAUGGUGGGGGGCACAACAGAGCAGGGCCUGCCAGGUGAGAGAGAGAAGCAUGCUUUGGACACCAGCGUCCCUGUCUUGGUGGAACAACUCAUGUCCUUCUCUGCGUGGGGGAUCAACAAGAGUAUCUGGCGAACGUUCCACACAAGAUCCCGGGGGGAUCCAGGCGGAAGCUUGUGUUCCCUGCAGCUGCUGGGGCUGAGCCUGAGGUUUUAUUUGGAAGAUGCAGGAUUGGAACGAAGAAUGAGAAGGAGGUUGGCACAACAAUGAGAACAUUUAUUGAACCCCACAAGGCCUAGGGCCUGGACGGUGAGGCUGCUGAGUUCAUGUCUAAAUUGGCGGCUGGGAGAGGAACGUCGGCUGGGACGAGGGCUGGCCCCUGGGGAGAGUGACCCCAAUCCCCCGCCAAGGUCAUGCUCAAGGUCAGAGUCAAUAUUCAGGCAUGAAGGGACCCACGGGGUGGGCUCAGUGAACAUGAGUAGGACGUGGCAUUAGCAUUGUGUUGCCAGCCUGGGGUGGGUUUGAGAGGAGAACCCCGCUUGGGAGCUGUGGCAGGUGAAGCCAGAUCCAGCUCCAGGGAAAAGCCUCCAGUGAGGAGCCAGGCAGGAGACAGGACCACAGCAAAGCUGGGUAGUGCUGGGGGGGGUCUCCAAGCCAAGAGUGAAUUAGGGAUCGUUCUGGAAAACCUUUCAGAAGCCCACGGAGUACAUCUGGUAAGGACUAGGGAAAUGAUUCCAGGGCUACGAGACAGCAAAGGUUGUUCCAGAACCAAUGAUGGCGGGUGUGGCCUUCACCAUGAGGAGAAGAAGAGCUGAGAUUUGGGCCUGGGCUGACAUGCCCAUCCUAUCUGCCUCCCUGUGGUCUCGUGGCAGACAUCACUAACUGCCGUAUCGUCUCCUGUUGAGACCCUGCAAGGACCUCAGCCCCGUUUCAGCACAGGCUGUCACUACCACUGGAUCAGAGCUGGUGUGUUUCUCAGCCGUGGAGUUGAGUUUAAAGAUGAAAAUGGCCAGGGCCACCAUGGUGGAGCAAGGUGGUCCAGGGGGCCUGCACAGGCCAUCCGGGGCCGUGAUGGUCAGCAUGCAUUCAUAACAGGUGGAGGCCAGGUACUAUUCCUGGUGCUGCAGGUGCCUGCAGCACCCCCGGAGGUCCUUGCCCUAACGAGCUCACAUUCUAAUGGAGAAAAAUAGGCAAUUUUGAAAAACAAAUACACAAGUAAAUAGAACCCAUGUCACAUAAGUGCCCUAGAGACAGGGAAGGCAGGGAAGUGGAACAGUGUGACCAAGCCUCCCUGAGAAAAUGACAGUGAGCAGAGACCCGAAAGGAAACCUGGGAGACGCACAGACCCGGCACACGGCCACGGCAAAGGAAGGCAGGCUUUGCCACCUGAAGGGCUUUGUCACACCAGUGGGAGAGGGCAGGCCUGCCUCCUAGGAGCUCCAUCUUGGUGUGUGGAAAGAGUAGGAGCCCAGCUAUUCUGCUUUAGCCUUUCAUGUACCGGAGAGAAUUCUGUCCCCUUAACAUUCAUAAAAGAGGCUCCUUGCCUGGAGACAUUCCCAAGAGAGAAGAGUUUGCAUGUUUAGGGAUGAGAGUCAAAACAAUUCCAGGACAUCACAGAUGCCAUACGUGGGUGUGUGGCUGGGUGUCAGCCAGCCCACAUUACUCCAAGAGUGCAGGGUCUAGGAUUUCUACUUGACCUUGUUUAACACCUGGUCUGUCCACCUGUAGCCCUCAGCCUCAGCGUGAUCUCUGUGUCACGUGGCUUCUCCCUGGGUCAUCUGUCCUGCUUUUCCAGUAAAGGUUCUUUCUUCUUUAGGGAAAAAACACACACACACACCUUAAGUUUGGGUUGCUUUCUACAUUGGGUUGCAUUUCUACAUAAAGGCUAACCAUGUCAUUAUAGAAGAAAGAAAAAUUGGAAAAUAGAGAAAAGUAUAAAAAAAUCUCCCCAAUUAACCCCCGCUGUGGUGUGUGUCCCUCCAGUCUGUUUCUUCUGCGUGUGGCUUUGGUUGGGCUUGAUGUGUGCCUACGUGUGAUUAUGCUGAAUAUACAGUUCAGUUGCUUCCUUUUUUCACUUAGCUUUUGAGAAUAAGCAUUUUCCUGUGUUAUUACAAACCCUCAGUAAACAUCAUUUCAAUAGUUGCACAGUAUUCCAUCAAGUGGCUGCACCACAGUUUAUUUAACAUCCCUCCCUCCUGUUGGGCCUGUAGAUUUUUUUUUCCUUUCUGUUGGUUUCUUUCUCUAUCAUAAAUAAAACGUCCCUUGUUUUCUUGUUC